AUGGCCCAUACGAUGCCAAACAUCCUGACAGCGUCCAUGCCUUCGCUGCCUCUUUCUCCGCUGAGCGCGCGGGGUAUUGACGAGUCCAUAUCUGGAGAUGUCACGUAUCGACUGGGAGGUCAAUUUUGGCCUUCCCGCUGCUUCGCCAAACUGCACGGUGACUUACUGAUGCUCCAGCGAAGUGGAAGGCAGCAGGCCGCCGUGUCCUUGACUGGCGCAAAGGUGGAGGUGACAUCACAGACAGUCCAGAUCGAGGCACCGGGAAGUCCAUCACUAUCCCUGCGCUUGAACACUUCCGAGGAGGCGAUUCGCUGGUGUCAGGUCCUCCGCCGGGCAGUCCAGCGCUCCCGAGGCUUUCGUGACAUGGUGUGCUCCUCUCCGUUGAUCAGUCCACGUGGUGCUUCCCCAUCUCCGCGCGGUGCUUCCCCAUCGCCGCGUCAGGCCAAUGCCGACGUAGAGGACCGCGUGGACCAGCUGCAGACACAGCUUCGAGAGAAAGACGCGGCUGUGAAGGCUUUGGGAGAGGCCCAGAACGCCGCUAUGGCCAGGGCCGACGCCGCAGCAGAUGCGAAGCAAGAAGCGGAGGCUCGGGCAAAGCUAGCGGAGCAAGCUCUUCGAACCGAGCAAUCAUUGCGAGACGAGCGUGAGAAGAAGCUGGAGGCUGUGCAGGAUGCAAUGCGCAGCUCGAAGGGGGACGCCGAAGAGAAGGCCACCAAAUAUGCCCAAGAACUAGCCGACCUGCAGAUUGAGCUGGCGACACAGAAGGCUGAAGUGGCUUCGCUGAACGCCAGGCUCGCUGCGGAGUCAGACGAGUGCAAAGUGCAGCUGGCGGAGGCGCAGUCGCGCACGCAGGCCUGCCAAGCUUUGCAGGACAUGGUGGCCAGUCUGGAAAAGCAGCUGGCAGAUUCACAGCGCCGCAAAGCGGCAGCUGAGAACCGCUUUGCCGCCGCGGAGGCGUGCCGCAAGGCAGCAGAGGAGCGCUGCGCCGGUGCUGAGAAGCGGCAUGUCCAAGACGAGCAGUUGGCAGAGAAUUUGGCCGCAGCUCUCCGCGAAGCCAAGCAGUCUCUUUUGUCAGCAGAGGCCAACCGUGAUGCUGGUGUCGACCAAGCUUUGGCGAACGAACGUGCUGCACGAAAAGCUGCGGAGGCUGCACAGACUGUGUUGCAAAGCGAGGUCGACAACUUGAAGGCCAGCUUGUCUUCAGCCGAAGCGAAAGCCAAGGAGGCUGAGACCCGAGCACAGGACUUGCAGAAGCGACUGGCUGCAGACGUUCGAGCCAAGAAGGCUGAACAGCCAGCAGACUCCCUACUCUCCCCACGCAAGAAGGCCGAGCAGGCCGAGCUCGCCCGCAAGGAAGUUGAGGUCCGCAACCACGAGCUGCAGAAGCGCUUGGCAGCCGCAGAGGCUAAACUGAAGAAAGCGGAGCAAGCAGAAGAAGCCUACAAAGACGCUGAGGUGCGUGCAGAAAAGAUGCAGCGGCACCUCUCUCGCCUCGAGGCCGAGGCGACGGAGGUUCGAGAAGCAAGCUCCCACUUCAAGGAAGCAGAGAAGCUCUUGAAGGAUUUACAAGAGGAAGACUCCAAGAAAGUUGAAGCAGCUGAAGCUGGUCGCCGCGAUGCUGAGGCGCGAGCCUGCGAACUUCAGAAUCAGGUGUCCAGCUUGGAGUCUGAGCUUGCGCGGGCGAAGGCUGCCGGGUCCCUCCAAGAGGUACACCUUGCAGUCCAGAAGGAUGCAGAAACUCGUGCAAUCAGCUUGCAGAGGCAAGUCUCAGACAUGGAAGCUGAUGUGAAAGAAGUGCAGCAGCUCCGCUCUGACAAAGAGAAAGCAGAACAGAAGGUGCAAACUCUCGAAGAACGCCUUGCAGCCAUGGAGGAGGGGAUGGCGUCUUCGAGCGCUGCAGCAGACCAACAAGCUCUGGAUCUAGUGCUUGACCUGCAGCGACGACUCGAAGCAGCCAACAGUCGACUAUCCGCUGAGGAGCGCUGCCGCAAGGCGGCCGAGGAGCGGCGUACUGCGGCAGAAAGGCGACUUUCAGAGACAGAGAAUCAACUUGAACGGGUGGCGAUGCAAAGUCCUCGUAAGCCAUCAGGAGAAGGCAGUGCAUGGGACGAGACAUCGCCGAAGCCUGCGCCAUCGGAAGCCUCGACAGAGACGUACGACAACGCGCAGGCAGAGGCCAGCGACGCGUCACAUCUCCAUGCGCUUCUUGCGGCAGCCGAGCUGAAGGCCAACGAAGAGUCCCGUGCCCGGCAAUCGGCACAGCGGCAGCUCAUCCAGGCCAUCAAGGCGGCUACAGCCGCAGGUGCAAAAAUGAAGGCCGCGGAGCUUGCCUCCCGCCCAGAACGUGGAGCCACGUUGUAG